GAAGAACUGGGUGCAGGAGCAGACGAUGAGAAAGCGAGAGAGAAACGAAACACGGGAGCUUUCUCCCCUUCUGCUCUGCUGCCCAGGAGGGCUCUGAGGGGAAUCUCAAUGCUCCGUAAUUGGCACCAAUUAAUAGCUAGCUACCCCAGCUUGGUUCGCCUGCUCUGGUCUGGUGGGGGAAGGCCGUGUGCUGGUGGGUCAGUACCAACGGCCCGAGGCCUGCCUGCCCCUGCCCACUUGGCUCUGAGAACCCAUUCUAUUUGUGGACCAGCCCAGGGCUGAUCUGGGGCUGGCAGCAGCCUGGGGAACAGAAGGUUUGCUUGUCUACGCCUGUUGCACCCCCACCUCCCCAGCCUCAGCCUGGGACCCCUCUCGGGGGCUCCUUUGGCUGCCAGGGCCUGGUGUUCUUCGUUGCCAUGGCACCGCCGGAGAUGAGGCUCUGGGGGGUGGGGUGUGAGGCAGGGCAGUAGAGGGAUGGUGGAGGCCUGGAACUCUGUAGCUGCAGAGGCCCAGGCCCUCUGUGAACAGUGGAAGGGGGUGCUGGGGCCCCAUCAGGGGCUGGCCUGGACCCUGAGCACAGUAGACCUAUGGCAGAGCUGGUCACACGCCUAGCCCAACUGCCUGGAUUCUCCAUCUCAGAGGCCCCUGGGACAGGUCUCCAGGCAGGCCAGAGCCCCUGCUUGGACACUGCCCCUACCAGACACAGGUUGUCCUCUGUAAGGACUUCUCUCCUCAAACUAUGUGCCAACCUUCAGGUUCUACAGCAAAGUUGCAGAAUGGUUUUGAGUUCUAAUCCUGCCUAGGUGGCCCCUUGGUCACUCUGCACCUCAGUGAGGGGAGGGACAGGACUCUGACUUCUGAGGAUCCUUCUAUCCCUGAGAGCCUGGAUUCUGCAUGGACCCCAGUAGGGUGAGCCCAUGUGGGAGUGUUUCUCUGAACAGACCUACUUCUGGGCAGGAGAUAAGCAGUCUAGCAUGGAGGUUAAGAAUGCAAAUUUGGAGUCAGACAGGCUUGAGUUUGCAUCCCAGCUUCAUUGCUUAUUAGUUGUGUGAGCUUGGACAAGUUACCAAACCUCUCUGAGACUCAGUUUCCUUUUCUGUGAAAUGAGAAUAAUGAUUAUACCCACCUCACAGGAUUGUGGUGAAGAUAAAACAAACCCCCCAGGUCAUCUCAUUUAGUAGAGUGCCUGGUUCCAAAUUAGGAGGGGCUUUUGUUUGUUUUCAGAUUAUGGGGCAUCAGAACAAUGAAUGAGAAGAAGAAUGUCCUGGGAUGGGGGAUGGUUGGUGGAAAGAAGCAGGACCAAUGAGUAGAGGAUACAUUGGGACAGAUUACACUCAAUGUAAUAAAAGUUUUCAAAUAGCCUAACCUCUGAGGAUCCUGAGCUGGCCAAGAAUGGGAUGGGCCGCUGGUGAGGUGGUGAGAUCUCUGUCAUGGGAGGUGUGCAAUUGUAGCUUUUGUUUGCAGAGAGGGUGAGGGAAAUAUGAAUAGAGAAUAUCUCCUAAGAUUGUAGGGCUCUAUGAAAGUCAGGUUCAUCCAGCUGAAAGGAGAGCAUGGACCAAAAGGGGAGGUCAGACAACAGAGUGGAAGAACAAGGCUGGUGAGUUAUGUAUUGAGCUUGUAUUGUGUGCCAGGCACAGACUUGUCAUCUUUGCCUCCUGCCUUAGAGAAGCUGUCACCUGAGUAUUGAGCCUGUGUGCUUUGGGAUCAGUCUACUCGGGUCUGGGGUCAGUCUGCCCAGGUUUAAGCACUGGCUCCAUCACUGGCAAGCUCCGUGACCUUAGACAAAUGAUUUAACCUCUCAAUGCCUCACUUUCUUCACUGUAAAAUGGAGAAGCAACACUGACCUCAUGGAUUGCUCUGAGAUCAUGCACAUAAAGAGCUUAGCCCAGGCGGUGGGCGAUAUGAACUAAAUCACAGGUAGCUAUUAUCAUUCUUGUGGUCAUUUUCAAGGCCUUUUAAGUCCUUGUUCUUUUUGGAAGGGGCUGUUAGGGGCCCAGAUGGGAUUCAGAGGACUCUGGUCUGGGAAUCCACUGACAGGCCAUAUGGCCUGGAAGGUGAUGUGGGGACGAGCAGGGAGGCCAGCGAGGUGCCUGAGGAGGCAGGAAGUGCUUGCUCCACAGGCGGGUGAACAAGGGCAUGCAGCUGGCCUCCCUCCCUCACUGACCUCCUUCUCAGGCCGGUUCCCAGCCUGUGCGGGGACCCGGGUCCCCUCCUCUGGGCCCCCAGCGGCCUGAGGCACACACUGAGUGCUUUCCCACGAACCGUUCCAAGUAGCUGGGCCUGCAGGGUCCCCUACCCCCAAGUGCUCACACUCUGGCGGGUGAGGGGGCGUGAGGCAGGAGAGGGGAUCAGCUCGUUCUUUAUCAGCCUGGCUCCGAUCCAGACAGAUGUUUCGUUUUAUUUUGAACUUCCAGAAAAUAGGUCAUUUCUUUCCAUUGUAUCCCUGGGGAGGCCUCCUGGGGAGAGGAGCACAGAGUGAGUGACGAGUGUGGGGGCCUCACACGGGCCCUGGGGAUCAGGGAGGGCAGCAACCUCCCUCCCCCAGUUAUGAUGAGCUGUCUGCAGGGCCAGGGCAUGAAGCUCUUGAAGGUUCUUAAAGGCCAGGCUAAGAAGCGGGUCUCUAUAGUAGCCUCCCCCUGCCAUCUGAGGGAGGUGCAUUCCAAGCCUUCAAGUGGAUGCUUGAAACUUUGGAUGGUACCGAACCCUACAUAUCCUAUAUCUUUUCCUAUACAUACGUAUCUAUGAUAAAGCUUAAUUUAUAAAUUAGGCACAAUAAGAGAUUAGCAACAAUAACUGAUAAUAAAACAGAACAAUUAUAACAAUAUACUGUUAAUAAAAGUUAUGUGACCGUGGUCUCUCUCUGAUAACAGAUCUGAUAACUGAGACAACUACUAAGUGACUAACGGACUAGUAGAUACCCUGGACAGAGGGGUGAUUCACGUCUUGGGUGGGAUGGAGGGGGAUUUUGCAAGAUUUUAUCACGCUAUGUAGAACAGUGCACAAUUUAAAACUUAUGAAUUGUUUAUUUCUGGAAUUUUCCAUUUAAUAGUUUCAGACUGGGGGUAACAAACCAUGGAAAGCAAAAGCAAAACUGAAAGUAGGGGGGACUACUGUACCUAGGGAUGGUGGAUGAAGAGCCACAGAAGCGCGUUGUCAGACAGGUAUUUCAGAUCAGAGAGUUUGGGGUAUGAGAACAGCUGGGAGGACAGACCAUUGGUGAGGCGAUGUGAGGAAGGGUACAGAGGGGCAGCUAGAGGUGACCAAGCUUGUGCUGGAGUGGCAGAGGUGGGUGGAUCAGAAUGAUGGUCCAUGGAAGUGGCACUGUUCUCCUACCCAUUGGGACUUCUAGAACAGCCAGAGCCUGUGCCAGGCCCUAACUUAGUCAAUUUCUGUUAUUUUGUUUGGGGCGGGCGGUGCUCACAGAUACCUUGAAAACAUGAAGGUCCUCUGCUUCUAGAGGCAGCACGGCAGAGAGUCGAGCUCGGGCGAUCAAGCUGCAUCUCUGUGAUUUGGACCAAGUUCCUCACCCACUUCCCUCUCUGGCCUCAGUGUGAUCCUGAGGCUUGUGGGGAGAUUCAUUUCGUCACGGUGGAAUACUGAGCCUUUCCCAACAGAUAGAAGUGUGGGGCACAGGCUUGAGGGGGGCAGGUAGGAGCCUCAUAUCCUCAACCUCUUCCCAGGUUUGUACCUCACCUAUAACCAUCUCCCUGCCCAGCGGACUCUGCUUUCUUGCCUCGCUCCCGUGCUGCGAGAUCCCACCUACAUCUCAGCCCACUUGGGAUAAGGCCACAGUGGCCACACUCUCGGCUACAUCCAGCCUGUGCUGCCCUCACUCCCGUACUCUCCCAGCUGCCGGAGGGAGGACUCAAUCUCUGGCUCCAGAUGCCUCUUGCCCCCACAUACUCCCAGGCCUGGAGCUGGCUGCCUUCUCGGAGCUGAGUCAUGAUAUCCUGGCCAGGGCCCCUCCCCAGCACCCCGCCACCACCCCAGCGUUCCAACUCAACACAGCUGCCUCCCAGAGCAGAGUCCUGAGAGCACAGCAUGUCAGCACUGGACAUGGUCCCAGGAUAGCUCCGCCCGCCCUGUGUACAGAUUGGGAAACCGAGGCUCGGAAAGGGCCAGGACUGUACUACAGGAUACCAUGCUGCUUCUGAGUGCCAUGCCAGCUCCUGUCCUCAAAGGCCAGGUGCUGUUGCUGCCCCUGCUGCUGUUGCUGGGACCACAGGUCUCCCAAGGUCUGGUCAUCACACCCUCAGAGCCAGAGAUCAUCCUCAAUGUCUCCAGCACCUUCGUUCUGACCUGCUCGGGUCCAGCUCCAGUGAUGUGGAAACGGAUGAUGCCCAAGCAGCUCCCGCAAGAACUGACUGAGACUCAGGAUGGCAACUUCUCCAGCAUACUGACGCUGACCAAUGUCAAUGGGUCUGACACAGGAGAAUACUUUUGUACCUACAAUGACUCCCAUGGGCUGGAGGAUGGUGAGCAAAAGCGGCUCUAUAUCUUUGUGCCAGAUCCCAACAUGGGCUUUCUCCCUGUGUACCCCGAGGAAGUGUUCAUCUUUCUCACGGAAGUAACUGAGAUCACAAUUCCAUGCCGAGUGACAGAUCCACAACUGGUGGUGACACUGCAUGAGAAGAAAGUGGAUGUCCCACUGCCUUUCCCCUAUGACCACCAACGUGGCUUCUCUGGGACCUUUGAGGACAAGACCUAUGUCUGCAAAACCAUCAUCGGGGACAAAGAGGUGGAUUCCGAAGCCUACUAUGUCUACAGCCUCCAGGCGUCAUCCAUCAACAUCUCAAUGAAUGCAGUGCAGACUGUGGUCCGCCAGGGUGAGAACAUCACCAUCACGUGCAUCGUGACUGGGAAUGAGGUGGUCAACUUUGAGUGGAUUUACCCCCGCAAGGAGAGUGGGCGGCUGGUGGAGCCAGUGACCGACUUCGAUACGCCCUCUCACAUACGCUCCAUCCUGCACAUCCCCAGUGUCGAGCUGGGUGACUCAGGGACCUAUAUCUGCAAUGUAUCAGAGAGUGUGUACGACCAUGGAGAUGAAAAGGCCAUCAAUGUCACCGUGGUUGAGAGUGGCUACGUGCAUUUGCUGGAGGAGCUGGACGCUGUACAAUUUGCAGAGCUGCACCGGAGCCGGACACUGCAGGUGGUGUUCGAAGCCUACCCGCCACCCACUGUCAUGUGGCUCAAGGACAACCAUACUCUGGGCGACUCCAGCGCCGGCGAGAUCGCCCUGUCUACGCGCAAUGUGUCGGAGACUCGGUACGUGUCAGAACUGACAUUGGUGCGGGUGAAGGUGGCUGAGGCUGGUCACUACACCAUGAGGGCCUUCCAUGAGGACGCUGAGGCCCAACUCUCCUUCCAGCUGCAAAUUAACGUGCCUGCCCGGGUGCUGGAGCUGAGCGAGAGCCACCCUGCCAACGGGGAGCAGACAGUCCGCUGUCGUGGCCGGGGCAUGCCCCAGCCACACCUCACCUGGUCUACCUGCGGUGACCUCAAAAGGUGUCCGCGUGAGCUGUCACCCACGCCACUGGGGAACAGUUCCGAGGAGAGCCAGCUGGAGACAAACGUAACGUACUGGGCAGAGGAGCAGGAGUUUGAGGUGGUGAGCAUGCUGCGCCUGAGCCAUGUGGAUCAGCCGCUGUCUGUGCGCUGCACGCUGCGCAACCUGCUGGGCCAUGACGUGCAGGAAGUCACCCUGGUGCCACAGUCCUCGCCCUUCAAGGUGGUGGUGAUCUCAGCCAUCUUGGCCUUGGUAGUCCUCACAAUCAUCUCUUUCUUCAUCCUCAUUAUGCUCUGGCAGAAGAAGCCCCGCUAUGAGAUCCGAUGGAAGGUGAUUGAAUCCGUGAGCUCGGAUGGCCAUGAGUACAUCUAUGUGGACCCUAUGCAGCUGCCCUAUGACUCCACCUGGGAGCUACCACGGGACCAGCUUGUGCUUGGGCGCACCCUCGGUUCCGGGGCCUUUGGGCAGGUGGUGGAAGCCACAGCUCAUGGCCUGAGCCAUUCUCAGGCCACAAUGAAAGUGGCUGUCAAGAUGCUGAAAUCCACUGCCCGCAGCAGUGAGAAGCAAGCCCUUAUGUCGGAGCUGAAGAUCAUGAGUCACCUCGGGCCCCACCUGAACGUGGUCAACCUGCUUGGGGCUUGCACCAAAGGAGGGCCCAUCUACAUCAUCACUGAGUACUGCCGCUACGGCGACCUGGUGGACUACCUGCACCGCAACAAGCAUACCUUCCUGCAGCACUGCUCCGACAAGGGCCGCCGGGCCAGCGCCGAGCUCUACAGCAACGCACUGCCUGUUGGGCUCCCCCUGCCCAGCCAUAUGUCCCUGCCUGGGGAGAGUGAUGGUGGCUACAUGGACAUGAGCAAGGAUGAGUCGGUGGACUACGUGCCCAUGCUGGACAUGAAAGGGGACAUCAAGUAUGCAGACAUCGAGUCCUCUAACUACAUGGCUCCUUAUGAUAACUACGUUCCCUCCGCUCCUGAGAGGACCUGUCGAGCAACUUUGAUCAAUGAAUCCCCAGUGCUCAGCUACACGGAUCUUGUGGGCUUCAGCUAUCAGGUGGCCAAUGGCAUGGAGUUCCUGGCCUCCAAGAAUUGUGUCCACCGAGACCUGGCAGCCAGGAAUGUGCUCAUCUGCGAGGGCAAACUGGUCAAGAUCUGUGACUUCGGCCUGGCUCGUGACAUCAUGAGGGAUUCUAACUACAUCUCCAAAGGCAGCACCUUCCUGCCCCUGAAGUGGAUGGCCCCCGAGAGCAUCUUCAACAGCCUCUACACCACCCUGAGUGACGUUUGGUCCUUUGGGAUCCUACUCUGGGAGAUCUUCACCCUGGGUGGCACCCCUUAUCCAGAGCUGCCCAUGAACGAGCAGUUCUAUAAUGCCAUCAAACGGGGUUACCGCAUGGCCCAGCCUGCUCAUGCCUCCGACGAGAUCUACAAGAUCAUGCAGAAAUGCUGGGAGGAGAAGUUUGAGAUCCGGCCCCCUUUCUCCCAGCUGGUGCUGCUUCUCGAGAGACUGCUGGGUGAGGGUUACAAAAAGAAGUACCAGCAGGUGGAUGAGGAGUUUCUGAGGAGCGACCACCCAGCCGUCCUGCGGUCCCAGGCCCGCCUGCCUGGCUUCCAUGGCCUGCGAUCCCCCCUGCACACCAGCUCAGUCCUCUACACUGCCGUGCAGCCCAACGAGGGUGACAACGACUAUAUCAUCCCCCUGCCUGACCCCAAACCUGAGGUUGCUGAUGAGGGCCCACUGGAGGGUUCCCCUAGCCUUGCCAGCUCCACCCUGAAUGAAGUCAACACCUCCUCUACCAUCUCCUGUGACAGCCCCCUGGAACCCCAAGAGGAACCAGAACCAGAGCCCCAGCCUGAGCCCCAGGUGGAACCGGAGCUGGAGCCAGGGCCGGAGCUGGAGCAGGAGUGGCCACCAGAUUCAAGCUGCCCUGGGCCUCGGGCCGAGGCAGAGGAGAGCUUCCUGUAGGGGGCUGGCCCCCACCCUGCCCUGCCCGAACUGAAGCUCCCCCUGACCUCCCAGCACCCUGCACCCCCUGGCCUGGCCUGGCCUUCCAUCAACAAGGCUGAGCCCAUCAGCUGUCCCCUUCUGGAAAGCUUUGGUCCCUGGCAUGUUGCACCCCAACCCCUGGGGCUGGCUUAGGAGGCAGGAGGACUGCAGGGGCCAUGACCAGCCCUCUGCCUCUAGGGAGGCCAUGUGACUAUGAGCCCAGGUUCCCCCAAAGGACUCAGUUUCUCCAUCUGUAAGAUGGGAAAGUUGGAGUUGGUGACCCACAGUCUGGGAUUCUUCUGGCUGACAGGUGGGGAGGUUGGAAUCCAUGGGGAGAUUCUCAAGGUUCAUAAGGUGGUAAAUGAACUUUUUUCUGUUCAGCAAACUACCCCUCAAGGAGCUGCAGCUCUCUCCUACUUCUGUCUGCCCAAGAGUUGGAGAAGGGACCCUGGCAUCCCUGGCUCCUGGCUGAGCUGGGGCCUGGCCUUGGACAGUGUCGCCUCAUCCGGAAGCCUUCUCCCCUCGAUGCCAGUCUUUGCUUUCCCAGGCCCAAGCUGGUCUGGGGCCAUCCAUGCUUAAUUAGUGCUAGGGGCUGAGCCAAGUCGAGGACAUUCUGGCCUAUAGCCCCUGCCUCAGGCACUCGGGGCACACCUGCCCAUAAAAAGUGCCUGUGCCUGUGUCUUCCUGGCCCUGUGAGUCCUGGGACCUUUCUCCUCAUCACUGCGAGUCUUAUCCUAUCCACCAGAGUGUCCAGGGCCAGGUGGGCCCAUGCCCUGAUGAGUGUGUUGACAUGUCCGUGAACAGUGGCCACGUGUGUGGACCAGUAUGUGGCCCUUCUGUGCUCUGGACCUUCUAAGAGACCUCGCAGGAUUCCCUGGCCCGAUUUCUGGGCCUGUUUUCUCUGUUGAAGUAUGAGCAAGUUGGACUCACUGACUUUUGGUUCCCCUCCAGCACUAACAUUCUAGAAUAUUCUAAGGGUUGUACACUUGCCCAGAUGAAGCCAAACCUCCAUCCAUCCUGGGGGUCAACUGGGUCUGGGGAGAUUCCAGACCACAUACUCUAGGCAUUCAGGAACCAUGCCCCUUCCCCAGGCCCCCGGCAAGUCCCCAAAGGCCAGCUGCCGAGGCCUUGACUCGGAGUGACAGCCAGUGUCCUGAAAAGCCCUCAGCAGCUGCCCCAGGGACAUGGGAAGAUCACAGGACACCUUUCAGUACCCACAAUGACCCCUGGAGCUACCCUGGGCCAAGAAGGCAGAGAGGGCAAAUCAGGCCACCUGACAUAGUCCCCCACUCCAGCACCUGUUCUCCAAGUCUGUCUCGAAGACACAAUGGACAGCGAGAGCCCCUGGGGAGCCCUGGAAAGGACAGGAAGCCUUGGAUGGGGAACCUGAGGAAGGGGUACAAGAGGUGGGUGCCCUGAAGACUGCCUUCUCACCUGCCAGCUGCCUCAUCCUGAGGCAGCACCCAUGGGGUCUGGCUUUGUCACUGCCCAGGUCCACUCACCUCACUGUCUCUGCCAGCCACACUCUAGCCCAGUGGGCACUGAAGUGCCAGGGGAAUGAGGGCUGUGGCCAAGACCUCUGGCGGGGGAGGGUUGGAAAGGGUGCUGGUUGGCACCUCCCUGCCCCGGGGCCCGCAAAGCCUGGUGGAGGAGAAGGAGUGGGUUCUCGCUACGGUACCAAAGAUGUAAUCGCCUAGGUUUACAAGUAUUUUUAGGACUCACAUUAACUCACAUUUAUACAACAGAAGUGCUAUUUUGUAUGCCAUCAAAAUUUCCUAUCCGUAUACUUUUUUUUUUUUUUUUUAAGGGAAAGAUUUGAAUAUUAAACCUGGUGCUUCUCACUCA